GGCUGGGAUUCAAGGAGGUGAGUGACUGGAUUGAGGAGGUAGGAGAGAGUCGUCUGAGGACGCUCGGAGAGCUGGAGGAUUCUCUGGAGCAGCUGCACAGGAAACAGACCCUCUUCAGAGACUUCUACACUGCUGCCUACGAACACUGUAAGGGAGGCGAGGCGCUGCUGAAACGUCUAGAACGCUGGGAAGACUUGUCGUCAGCCGAGCUGCAGGUGUACGAGGUCAAAGUUCGAUCCUUCUGGGUCCACCUGCACGACUUCUCCCAGAGGGUAGAAGACACCAAGACCAACAUCGACAAGACCGUACGUCUCUACGAGUUCUUCGACAAGGCGUAUGAGUGGGCAUUGGAGGGGAUGCGUCACCUGGCCAGCAUAAGCAUGGAGGACUGCACGGUGCCCGACAAGAGCCAGGGGGUGAUCAGCUGUCUGGAGGGGUACCGCCGGCAGCACCCCCCGAUCCCCGACCCCCGCUUCCAGGAGAUGAAGGAGCUGGCUGGAGAGAUGAAGAGCGAGCAGGGCCUCAAACAGUGGAAGUUCGCCUGGUCCAAGUGCCAGGAGACCAAGCAGAUGUUUGAGAAGAAGCUGGAGGCCGCCCUGAGGACGAGGCGAGCCCUGCCCACGGGAGAGUCACCUGGGUCGGGUACAACGGGUACGGGGAAGGCCGGCGGGGCAGGGGACGCCACCCCCAGACGUUACUCUGACGGUAACAGCGGCGUGGGACAGGAGAGGAGCAGCAGUGUGUCGUACGCCUGCAGAAAGGCCUUUAGUGGCGUGUGGGGGGUCAGAGAGAGGCUGUCCUCCAGCUCUGCCUCAGCUCAGUCGUCCUGCAGCCUCAAACAGGAGACAGGAGGAGACAAGACACCUCUAACGUCCUCUCCCUACGGUCUGGUGCACAGGCUCCCCCUCACCCCCAACAGCCCCUUCUCCACCCAGCGCCUCACCCGCAGCACUUCCUCCGAGGAGUCGUCCCACGGGGCCCGUAGCUCCUCCUUCUCCCCCUCCCUGACCCCCCCGGAGCCAAGCUCCGCCCCUAACCCUGCUCGCCGACCCCCGCUCCGCAAGACCCAGAGCUUCGACUGCCAGAGCCCCGCCCCCGCCGCCCUUGACUCCUCCCGCUACGGGACCUGUCAGCGUACGCUGAGCGAGCCGGCGCGGCGAGGGAACACCGGGGUGUUUAUUAAAGGCCUGGAGGUCAGUAGCAGGGAGGGGGCAGAGCGACCCUACUCCCCCAGGAUGACGCCUCCUGGCUGGGCAGCAGGAGAGACACUGAGGACCCCCUCCACCAGCACUACCAGUAGUCCUGUACCAGAGACCCGCGCCAAGGGCAGUAAGCUGCGUCACAUCGUGGAUGAGAUGGUGACCACGGAGAGGGAGUACGUGCGUUCCCUCCGUUACAUCAUCGAGCACUACUUCCCCGAGAUGGAGAGAGGAGACCUCCCACAGGACCUCAGGGGGAAACGGAGCGUCAUCUUUGGGAACCUGGAGAAACUCAUGGACUUCCACAGCCAGUACUUCCUCAAGGAGUUGGAGAGCUGCUCCAACCACCCUCUGAGGGUGUCACACUGCUUCCUACGACACCAAGACGCGUUUGGCCUGUACGCUCUGUACAGUAAGAACAAGCCUAGAUCUGAUACGCUGUUGGCCAGCCACGGAAACAGCUUCUUCAGGAACAAGCAGCUGGAGCUGGGAGAUAAGAUGGACCUGGCCUCCUACCUGUUGAAGCCCAUCCAGAGAAUGUCUAAAUACGCCCUCCUCCUCAAAGACCUGAUCAAGGAGGUGAGCGAGGCGCAGGAGACGGAGCUGGGCUACCUCCAAGCCGCCGCGGAGAUGGUCAAGUUCCAGCUGCGUCACGGCAACGACCUGCUCGCCAUGGACGCCAUCCGAGACUGUGACGUGAACCUGAAGGAGCAGGGUCAGCUGGUCAGACAGGAUGAGUUUUGGAUCUGGUACGGCAGGAAGAAGUGUCAGCGCCAUGUCUUCCUGUUUGAAGACCUGGUGCUGUUCAGUAAACCCAAACACAUCGAAGGAGGACUGGACGUUUACAUCUACAAACACUCCUUUAAGACGGCAGACGUGGGUAUGACAGAGACAUCUGGGGACAACAGUCUUCGUUUCGAGGUGUGGUUCAGACGCAGGACCAGUAAGAACCAGACGUACGUUCUGCAGGCUUCCAACACAGACAUCAAACACGCCUGGACCACCAACAUCGCACGCAUCCUCUGGCAGCAGGCUACACGGAAUAAAGAGAUCCGUAAUCAGGAGAUGGUUUCCAUGGGAGUGGGUAACAAGCCGUUCCUGGACAUUAAACCCAGUGAUGCUGCGAUCAACGACAGGGCUAUAGACUACAUCAUGAAGGGACGAGGUGCCAGAACUCGAGCCUCCAUUGCAGUGUCCCUGUUCGACCACUCCAACCCCUUCAAGCGUACAGCGUCGAGUACCGGGGGGUCUGGCGGCGGGGCCCUUGCUGCGUCUGGCUCCUGCACUCUCCUGGGGCCCCUCAACCUGCACAUGUACAGCAGCCACAGCCAGGCCCUGCUGCCCGGGGGAGAGAGGCCCUAUAUCAGCCCCUGUAUGGAGGAGGACGAGAUGGAGCACGAGACCAGCAGCCAGCCAUCCAUGAGUACAUACUCUACAGAGAGCUCAGGUUCAUCGUCCCACUGUCUGUCCGGCAGCGGCUCCAGUGGUUCAGACAGCGGCUGUGUGUCCAGUCACCUCCCCGAGGCCAGUUUACCUGAGGAUCCCUCGUUCCCUUGCCGACCCCGGUCCGACGCCGUAGCCUCCCCCAGCCUCCCCGAAGACAAGCCUCGCUACAACAGCCAGUACAUUUCAGCCAAAGUAGCUCAGAUCAUAGGCCCUUCCACUAUAGUGUGAUUCCUGACUGGAACGCUGCUUGGAGUCUGAUAUCCAGCUGCUUCCAUCCAGAAAGACACCGAUUCCACGCCAAGGAAGACAGAAGAGACAAAUAUGUAUUUGUUUCCUCGCGCUGCCAACAGCAACUCUCAUCUCACAUGGACACUGAAAAGACCUGGGACUUAAGCACUGUUUAUAAAAAUAAAAGCCACUUUUGAGCAUAGCUUUUAUAUUGUUUUAAAACAAAAGAAAGUUAAUUUAAAUAUUGUUGUUUUUUUUGUAGGUUUUUUCUGUACUAUAUAUUGGUUAUUUUGUAAAUAAUUAUUUUAAUAGUUUCCUGUGAAUUUAUGAACGGUUGGUUUCUUUAUCUUCUUCCUCUUGUCUUGUUGACCACUUUUACUGAUUCACCCUGAGAUGAAAGACUAGAUCUGAAUCACCUGAUGAUUCACCCUGGGAUGAAAGACUAGAUCUGAUUUACCCUGGGAUGAAAGACUAGAUCUGAUUCACCCUGGGAUGAAAGACUAGAUCUGAUUUACCCUGGGAUGAAAGACUAGAUCUGAAUCACCUGAUGAUUCACCCUGAGAUGAAAGACUAGAUCUGAUUUACCCUGGGAUGAAAGACUAGAUCUGAUUUACCCUGAGAUGAAAGACUAGAUCUGAUUUACCCUGGGAUGAAAGACUAGAUCUGAUUUACCCUGGGAUGAAAGACUAGAUCUGAAUCACCUGUUGAUUUACCCUGGGAUGAAAGACUAGAUCUGAAUCACCUGAUGAUUUACCCUGGGAUGAAAGACUAGAUCUGAUUUACCCUGAGAUGAAAGACUAGAUCUGAUUUACCCUGAGAUGAAAGACUAGAUCUGAAUCACCUGGUGAUUUACCCUGAGAUGAAAGACUAGAUCUGAUUUACCCUGAGAUGAAAGACUAGAUCUGAAUCACCUGUUGAUUUACCCUGGGAUGAAAGACUAGAUCUGAUUUACCCUGAGAUGAAAGACUAGAUCUGAUUUACCCUGGGAUGAAAGACUAGAUCUGAUUUACCCUGAGAUGAAAGACUAGAUCUGAUUUACCCUGGGAUGAAAGACUAGAUCUGAAUCACCUGUUGAUUGAUGAUAAACCCUGGGAUGAAAGGUUGGUUCUGAAUCUGACAGGUUACUCUUCAAAAGGUCCAAAACAACAUGUUUAUAUAGUGAGAGAGAGAGAGAGAGAGAGAGAGAGACAGAGAGACAGAGAGACAGAGAGACAGAGAGAAAGAGAGAGACAGAGAGAGAGAGAGAGAGACAGAGAGACAGAGAGAGAGACAGAGAGACAGAGAGAGACAGAGAGAGACAGAGAGAGAGAGAGACAGAGAGAGAGAGAGAGAGAGACAGAGAGACAGAGAGACAGAGAGAGAGACAGAGAGACAGAGAGAGACAGAGAGAGACAGAGAGAGAGAGAGACAGAGAGAGAGAGAGAGACAGAGAGAGAGAGGCUACUUUCACCUACACAGUUUCAAAUGCAAUUUUGUUCUUUCUUGUUCAUAUAAAAAAUGUUUUUAAAAAGAUGGCAUUAAGAAGAAAGGAAAACCCCUAAAUGUACAUUGUCUGUAAAUAUUUGCCCCCAGUGGUGCUCUUUGGUUCUAGUAUUGUGUAGGAGAAAGCAGAGGAAGACUGUGAUACCGCUGUACAUGUAUUAACCAGCAGAAAGCAGCAGGGAAUCUCCAUUCUCAAACAUACAAAUGACAACAGAAAGACUGUCCAGUAGUUGGAGCAUGAACGUCACCUGUCAUAUGUCUUCAUCCUAACAACCUUUUAAUAAACAUGGAUUGAUUUGGA